AUGCAAGACCGGCAGAAGUGGUGGGGAGAGUCCGUGAGUGACUUCACAGGGGAACGGGCGGAGGUUUCCCGCUGCUACACAGCUGAAGGACAGAGUGGUGACAAUUUGGAACGGAUAAGGAUCUACAGUGAGGGUCCUCUGUCUGUGCCAGGUGGGAAAGCCAGCAGCUCCCCAACGGGAGAGGGCCUUCCAACUUGCACCACUAGUUGUUCCGAUGCUGGGGAGCUCAGCAGCACGUGGGGGGAGUUUGAAGGCUUUAGAGAAUCUUCAGCCAAGUCUGGACUCCCUCAGUCCCUUGAACUCCUGGAGAGACCCACCGAUCCUCAGCCACUAGAAACUCCUGCCUUAAAGGAAGGUGGUUCUCACCUGCCACACCAGGGUGGAUCCGGGGCAACAGGAAUCACUUCCCACCCAUCUUCAGAGCCUGUUCUCAGGUACGAGAACAUAUUUAGGUUUGCUUUUCAAGAAGUCACAGUUGAGCAGGCAACUGAAGAUGUUUCCACCUUAGACCAUUUCUUGGACAUAAGCAGUGAAGAAGACCCUGGCCUUGCAUCUGCACAUAGACUGUGUUCUGAAUCUAGAAAAGUCUGGCGAGCCCUUCAGAACACCAGCACCAUGUCUGUUUCACGAUGCCUCUGGAGCCAGUCUCACUGCCAGGAGAAGCUCUUCCUGGUUCUUGGCAUAGAAGCUGCUCAGAAGAGUCCUUCCAGAGACCAGGGUCACAUUUCAGAAGGUCCUGACCUCAAAGGUCCUGAAGAGCUGCUGGCACUCAGCACCUUCGACCUGCCCCACUGCAAAGCCCUGAUCCAGACGAAGCUCUCAGGGACACCUGGCAGCAGACAGGGGAGCCUGAUUACCUACAGCCUCUUUCUGAAGACACCCCUGCAUGGAAACGGGCGGCACAUCACAAGUCCACAGGAAAAGAAGGUUUUCCCUCCACGUCACCUAAAGCUGGCGCUUCUUAACAGGGAUGUGUGCUAGAAACAGGAGUCUGUCAUGUAGGCAUUUCACAUCGUCUCACUGGCUGGGCUUGGUUCUGUUUUGUAGAGCCGUUUCCCAAACCCACAUCAGUUUCCUAGGAUCUUUCAAAACCCCUGCCUCAGAUCUGAUCAGGAAGGGGUGUCUUGGGCAGAGCCAGUCCCCAAGCAGAGGGGAGGGGUUUCUGGAUGCACUGCAGCCUGCCCAGCAGAUGCCACCUGCUCCUGGUGGAGGAUGUCAGGGAUGAUCCCAGACCUGGCCCAAAGUGGGGAAUGUACUGAAAUACCACCAAGGAGACAGCUGCACUUUGAGAAACAGCAUUGGCACCUGGUCCCAGGAGGUCCUGGGCUUCUGUGUUGUUCCUGGAAGUGCCAUGAGCACUCCCCACCGCAUUCACACUGGUGGCCUUGGGGACAGGCCUUUCUGAUGGCUGGGAGGCCACACUGGGCCAGCCCUGGAGGCCCAGGUGGGUAGGCAAGUGUAUUUCACUGGUCAUCUCCUGCAUCAACGGUUUUCUUCCAGGAAAGGGCCAAGCGGG